AUGGCGGACUCCGCUGACGAGCGACCUACCAGUAGUGCAGGCCAGAUUCGCUGGGCUGAUCCUCGUGUGGCUUCGGCCCUGCAGGAGUUGCGGGCACUUCCAGAAGCAGAUGGUGACCUGCUGGCUCUCGACUCGGAGCUUUUAGCUGCGGCCUUCCUGGCUCGCUGCGACUUCGACGUGGCACGUGCGAAAGAGGCCAUUGGGCACACUGCAGCCUGGCGGAAGCAGAGCGGUGCGAGUGAGGUAAGGAAGAAGUUGCUGGAAGAGCCCAAAAUAAGUUUUUCCGACUUUCCACACGGGCCACCCGUGCUCAAGCACUUCCCACAAUGUGAGGGCGGGGCGGCUGUGGACAAGCGGGGCUUGCCUUAUGCCAUUCGAUGUGUAGGAAUUGCAGAUGCAGUUGGUCUUUUCUCAGUUAUCACGGAGGACGAGAUGUUGCAAUUCCAGACGCAUUUAUGUGAGUGGCGGCUGCUGCAGCUCGAAGACUUCGCUCGAGCAACGGGGCAACUAACCGGCCUUCUGAUUGUCCAGGACAUGUUUGCACCAAAUGGAUUAUUGAAUGCUUGGCGAAAGCAUGGGAGCAAGUCCAAGAUCAUGCGGCGUCUUACCAGCAUGAUGGAUGAGCACUAUCCAGGUGUGAUGGAGUCUGUCCUGCUGGUGAAUGCCCCAUGGGCCAUGCAUGCCAUCCUGCGGAUCUUGACGCCUUUGCUACCGCAGAGGGUGGUCAAGAAGCUCCAGGUUGUGCCGAUGGCACAGACUCCGGAACGCCUGCAGCAGCUGAUCGACGAGUCGAACUUGCCAGAGUUCCUGGGAGGAAGUGCUGCUGAUGCCGAUUUCGUGCCAGCACGAGCCGCGCUAGUAGGUAGCGGAUCAGGUUCUGAACUCUUCAUCAAAGCCGGACAGACGGAAGAGCGCAGUCUUGAUCUGCAGCAGGGCGACAUUGCGGCCUUCGGCCUUUCCGUGGCCAACGGUCUGGACAUUCUGUUCGGCUGCCACUUCGAGUCGGAGGAGGAGGCAGUGGAAGAAGUGUUUCCAGCCAGACGACUGCAGGAGGAGAGCUCCAGCUUCUCGGCGCCAAGGGAUGGAAGGUUGGUGCUCACCUUUGACAACUCCUAUAGCUGGGUGAAGCCCAAGGAUGUUCGCUUUGAGUUGUCCAAACUCCUGGCAGAGGAUGAUGAGGCUCCGGCUCCAGCGUCUGAAGGCCUCCAAGAGGCAACAACUGAAACGCCCUCCAGCAUGGAGUCACCCAGCACACCAUCGGAGAUGGAUGCGGAAGCGUGCGGAGUUGUGCCAGCCUCGGUUGCAGCGACGCAGAACUCGCUGUUGGCUGCCUCUGAGCACUUCGCUGGUUUCGCUGACAGGGAUGGCAUCGAGCAGCAAGCGGCACGCCUCGCAAAGGAGCGCCAGGAGCAGGAAGCGCAGGCAUUGCUGCAGGCAUCUCAACACGAGGAGGAGUCGAGGAAGAGACAGGAGGACCUCGAUCGGCGCAAGGCAGAGCUCCAGCAGCUCGAGGCUGAGCAGGAAGAAGCUGCUAGACAGCGUUUGGAAGAGGAGAAACAGCGAGAGGAAGAGCUGAAGAUGGCACAACAGGCCUUGCAGACUGAGCGUGACGCCUUACAGCGACAACGCCAGGAGCAGCACGAAGCUGAGGAGAAAGCGGCGAGCGAUCGCCGCACGCGUGAGGAGGAACUCGCCGAUCAGCAGGCGAGCUCGGCUAUCCUGGGCUCUACUGAGUUUGCCAAUUUGACGAAUUGGUUCUUCCCUCACAGCGGUUCUGGCUUUCAGUUCUUCGUGCUCAUUAAGUGA